AUGGGGCCUAACGACGAGGCAAUGAAGGCAAAUGGUGUUGCAGUAAGUAGAGAAACUUGUUCGAAUGAAUCUGGCGGUGAGGGUUUGCUUACGUACAAGAGGCGGAAGAUUGCCAAGGUUGCAGAGAAUAAGAAAAUGUCUCAAGAUUCAGUGGGCCAACCUAGUGAGAAGUCCACGAAUUACUCGCAUGAACGAGCUCAAUUUUGUCAGCAUGGGUCACAUCCUACAACUGCCUUGACCGAUGACUGCUUACUCAUGCACCAAAGAAAUGUUAUUUUAGAACAAAUAUCUCAGUCACUGGAUACUGAAGAUAGUUUGAGAAAAUGCAUUCAAAGCGCAUAUGUCUUCCAUCCAGGAAGUGGUAGCAGAACUAGAGUGGAGGAACCAGGUCAGUAUAUUGAAGAUUGUAGCAAAUGCAUCUCACAGCCAGGGACAUUACAUGGUCAUCAGAAGGCAGCUGGGGGCUAUUUGGAUGUGAAACCCAAAGGAUCUGGCGAUGAAUCUAAGCAUUGCCCAUUCACAGAGCUCUGUCAGCGAACCCUUUCUGAUAUUAUAAUGUCUGAAACAUUUUCGCAGUUAUGCAGCUUACUCCUUGAAAAUUUUCAAGGAUGGAAGACUGAUAAUGUUUUUAAUUUUACCCGAAUAAACUCAAGGAUGAAGGAGAAUGCUUAUGAAAGUUCACCAAUGCUAUUUCAUUCAGAUAUCCAGGAGGUAUGGGCUAAACUUCAGAAGGUUGGUUCUGAUAUAACUGCUCUUGCAAAGUGCCUCUCAGACAAAACAUUGUCUUCCUUCCAUGAACAGUUUCCCUCACAAGAACCCAUCCCAAGCACCAAAUCAGAGCAGACGGACGCACACAUCCCAGACGGGGCCCACACCUGCAGGCGGUGCCGACAACAGGCAGAUGACAGAAGCGGCCUAGUUUGCGACUCGUGCGAGGGCAUGUAUCACAUCUCAUGCAUCGAGCCCCCGGUCAAAGAAAUUCCCACUAGUAACUGGUACUGUGCAGAUUGCACAUCCAAAGACGAUGAAUCCCCCCACGAAAACUGUGUAGCCUGUGAGAGGCUGAACUCCACUAUAUCCUUUCAAUCGGGUGAUGGCAAUAACAAAGUCAAUAUUUUGCAUGACGGCAGGAUCACAGAGGAUUUAGACAAGAGAUCGAAUGGAUUUUACACCAAAUGCAAGGUGUGCAUGAACGAGAUUAGAAAUGAAGAAGAAUAUAAAAUAUGUGGACAUCCAUUUUGUCCCGACACGUUUUACCACGUGAAGUGCCUGACAGGCCAGCAGUUGGUAUCUCACGGCGCGUGUUGGUACUGCCCGUCUUGUAUAUGUAGGGCCUGCUUAACUGACCGGGAUGAUGACAAGAUUGUCUUGUGUGACGGAUGUGAUCAUGCGUAUCACAUUUACUGCAUGGUCCCAUCUCGGGAUUCAGUACCAAAAGGGAAGUGGUUCUGCGUAAAUUGCGAAAGUGGGAUGGCUCGUAUACAAGAAGCUAAGCGGAUGUAUGUGAGUAUGCAGAGAAUGGGAGGGAUUGAUGAGAAACUAAAGGGGAAAAAGGUUUUACACAAGUCGGGCGGAGGAGUGGAUAUGCUUCUGAACGCGGCCAAGACUUUGAAUUAUGAGGAGAAUUUGGCUUCCAAAGGGUUGAAAAUUGGCUGA